AUGCCGCUAUGGGAGGCAUUGUUUGGGCGCUCAGUGACGCCAGCUGAGCGACUGCGUCAGCAUCUCCGCUCUCUCCAGCGUGCACAGCGCGAGCUCGAGCGCGAACGAGUGAAGCUAGAAGCGCAAGAAAAAAAACUCGUCACUGACAUAAAGCGCCAUGCACGCCAGGGACAAAUGCCAGCCUGCAAGGUUAUGGCGCGCGAUCUUGUUCGAACAAGAAGAAGCAUACAUAAAUUCUAUCAGAUGAGUACACAACUUCAAGCCGUAGGGCUUCGCAUGCAAACACUACGCAGUACUCAGCAGAUGGCCGAGGCCAUGCGCGGCGCGUCUCGAACUUUGGGGUCCAUGAAUAAGUCCAUGAAUAUUAUGGCUGUACAAAAGAUAUUGCAGGAAUUUGAACGGGAGUCAACUUCUAUGGACAUGAAAGACGAAAUUAUGAAUGAUACUGUCGAAGAUGCUAUUGGCACCCAGGAAGAUGAAAUGGGCGAAGGGAUUGGAGAAGGAGAAGAAAGUGAUGCAAUUCUACGAGAGGUACUCGAUGAAAUCGGCCUAGAUAUGCAUCAACAGCUUCGCCAAGCCCCCGAAGGAGCGCUGGCCGCACCUCUCAUGACAUCGACGCCAAGCCGCGUCGCCAUAGGUGAGAGUGCCGGCCCGGGUGGCUCUUCAUCAGCUGCGAAUGAGGAUAUGGCUUUGCAGGAACGCCUCGAUAGACUACGUAAAGGGACGUGA